AUGUAUGCUGAUUCGAAUGAUCCGAGAGUAGUUACGUCCUACAGUAAUAUUGGAGUUGUUUACCAAUACCAGGAAGACUAUCCAAAAGCAUUAGAAUAUCACAUUCGUGCACUUGAAACGCGAUUGAAACCUUUGCCAGACAGUCAUCAAGAGCAAGCUGCAUCCUAUACUAAUAUAGGUGAUGUUUAUAUAUCGAUUGAUCUUCGAUGA